AUGCCGGCGAGCUACCGGUAUCGCGGCCAAAACAUAACGGCGAAGUUAAAAAAUAGGGUAAAUUUUAAAUUGGCAAGCCCGGGUAAUUACCGGAAGGGAUCGAGCAAGCUUAAAAAAAGCAUUCGCGACUUUGCACCGCUUACAAUAACGCUUAACGUUUUACGUAAAGCAAAAUUACUUUUAAGCCUUUUAUGUUUAAAAAAUUGGCAAUUUAGCAAAAUAUCGCCCAUUACAUUAGCAAUUACAAAUUUAUUUUCGAAAGCAAAAAAGAACGUUACGCAAUUAAAAAGCUUGCGGAAAAUACCGUUAUUAAAUAAAAAAAUUACAAAUUGUUUAAAGCGUUUCGGAUUUAUUGGGAUUUAA